CCCAGCAGGUGUUCCGCGCGUUCCCGACCCACGACAAUCUGGCCGAACCAAUGACACCCCGCGGCCCGCGGCACGAGUGCGCCUUAUCACUAAGCAGGCUGCUGGCCGAUCAACUCGAGUCCAAGCCGCCAGUCGUCGCCGAGUCCUUCCUGAGUCUGCCUCUAGUCAUGGCGCACCGCGCGAGCAUCGCCGUCGCCCUCGUGCUGGCCGCCGUGCUGGCCGCCGUGCUGGCCGCCGCGGAGGCCAAGGUGGUCUCCAAGCUGCGCGGCAACGCGAACCCCGUGCUGGCCUGCUACGUGGGCACCUGGGCCAACUACCGCCAGGGCAACGGCGCCUUCAAGAUCGAGGACGUGGACGCCAAGCUGUGCACCCACCUGCUGUACGCCUUCGUGGGCAUCACCGAGGACGGCGACGUCAAGAGCCUGGACCCCUGGCUCGACCUGCCCAGCGGACUGAAUGGUUUCCAGCGCUUCGUGGACCUGAAGAAGGUCAACCCGGCGGCCAAGGUGCUCGUCAGCAUCGGCGGCUGGAACGAGGGCUCGGCCAAGUACUCCCAAGUCGCCAACAGCCCCAAGCUGCGGGAGACGUUCGCCAAGAACGCCGUCAAGUUCGUGCAGCAGUACGGCUUCGACGGCAUGGACCUGGACUGGGAGUACCCGGGCCUGCGCGGCGGCGCCGCCUCGGACAAGGCUGCCCUCGUGGAGCUGCUCAAGGUGAUGCACGCCAAGUUCUCCGCCAACGGGCUGCUGCUGACGGCCGCCGUGUCCGUCGGCCAGGACAAGCUGGACGCCAGCUACGACGUGCCCGGCCUCAUGAAGUACCUGGACCUGGUCUUCCUGAUGACCUACGACCUCCGCGCGUCCUGGGACGGCAAGACCGGCAUGAACGCGGCGACGCGCGCCGGCCCGGGCGAGACGGACACCCUGAACGUGAUUUCCUCGGUGAAGCUCUGGCUGUCGCGCGGCGGCGUGGCCUCCAAGCUGGUGCUGGGGCUGCCCCUGUACGGCCACAGCUUCACGCUCGCCGACGCCAGCAACUCCACUGUGGGCGCGCCCACGUCGGGGCCGGGCACCGCGGGGCCCUACACCAAGGAGGCGGGCACGCUCAGCUACCUCGAGAUCUGCGAAAUGCAGAAGGAUGGGCAGUUCCCCGAAAAGUGGGACCAGGCCCGGGAAGUGCCGUACGCAGUGCAGGGCAAUCAGUGGAUCAGCUACGACAACGUUCGUUCCAUCAAGAUCAAGGUUCGGCAGGUGGUGAAGCAGUACGGCUUGGCGGGUGCCAUGGCGUGGUCGCUGGAGUCCGACGACUUCAAGAACUACUGCCCGCAGUCCGGCGGCGCGUACCCGCUGCUGCGCGCCGCCUUCCGCAGCAUGUUCCAGGACGACGGCACCGGCCAGUAACCAAAAGCCACGCGGUGCGCCGGCGUCAACGUCACUGUGAACCGGCGGCUGCGAAUUGCAACCGCGUUCACGCUAAUCUUUGCUCACUGUCAUAUAUGUGUUAAAAAAUUUUCAAUAAUUAUUGUCAAGCAUUGUCAAAUAUUUCACAUUUUUAAGUUGUUGUUAUGUUUCACCGGUGGCUGGAGGAAUAAAUAUCUCUUUCAAUAGGAA